AUGAACGGCGAAUCUCAACCUUUUUUGUUUCAUCCUCUCUGGGCAUCUAGACGGAGAAAGAAGGGACGAGUGUAUCCGGGCCAUGAUCCGAUCCAUAUUUUAUCUGUAUAUUCCGGCAGAGCAUAUCGAUAUCGGGAUCCCUCCAAGCCGGCUCUGGGACAGCAUCAAAAGUCCUUCGUUCCUCCUUGCAAUGAGCAGGGACCAGGGAAGAUGUAUGAGGCUGGUAAGGGUAAAGGCACUAUCGGACAUGGGAUUUUUUAUAUAGAAAAUACUCCUCGUGUAAAUGGAAGUAUGUCACAUGGGUGUGGCCUGAAAUUCAUCCAUGAACCACUGCUUCUCCAUAGAAAAUCCACGAAUUUGGCCGAGUUGGCUCUAAUUCAAUGCCUGUCUCCAUCGAGAGUUCCCGGAUAUGCUGGGAAUCCUCUCAAGGAUGGAGGUGGUCGUCUAAGAACUGCUGGGUCCAGGAUAGUUCACAGUGCUCAUUCUAUCGAUACUGGGAAAGAAAAAAAAAGAAUGUUUACACUCAAUUUUCAUUACGAAGAUGUAUCACGUCAGGAUCCGUUGCUCAAACCGAAUCACGCCAACGUUAUGGAAGUUCCUGGAUCGUGUAAAAUAAGAGUAGUACCAAAGGCAGCACCCUCUGAUUUCAUAAUAAAAAAUGGAAAAUUGGCUAUGGAGAUUCCGUGCGGUCAGAAAUUAAUACAGACACAAAGGGCUUCGACAGGAAAGGAGUUUCGAUCCAAUCCAUUCUUGGGAAAAAAUCAAGACAAAAAAGGAUAUGUCAGUGACCUAGCACGGCAAAGCACUCUCCGAGGGCAUGGAAUGUCUCAUUUUUUGGUAAGAAUCUCCGCAGUAAUGUCUCUGUUAGAUUUUCCGGUCGAAAUACGGGAAAAGUCCAUUCAAUUCUUGAUGGAAAUGGAGUUUUGCGAAUUCUCCCCGGAACUGGAAGAUCAUUUCGAGAUCUUCGAACAUAUUCGAGGGUUCAAUGUCACUAUUGUAACUUCGGCCAACACACAAGAUGAGACUUUACCACCGUGGAGCGGCUUUUUUCAAAAAGAUGAGGGGGAAAGUCAAACUGCUUUAGUUCUGAUCUGUGCUGAUCUUACAAUCACCGACUCGAAAUCGAGGGGCUACCCAAUAGCAAAUGCCGGCAUAUCUUCACAUCCUAGUGCCCAGCCGGACAAGGAGCCUGUGUUACUAAUUGGCUUGAUAGUUCAAGUAGUAAAGGAGGUCUGUGGUAGUCAAGUUAAUAUACCUGAUCUGAGCUAUGCUCAACAUCGUGGAGUUUUUGAUCAGUCUUACAAUAGGUUGUCUGGGACCAUACCUGAUGAAAGAAAGGAGGUCACUUGUUUAAGUCAAGCAAUCGUAGAGACCGGGAAGAAUAAUGGCAUUGAUGCCAUAGAAGAAGCUCCUGGUGGUUCAGUCAGAACCGCGCUUAGAAAUGUGAACGUAACCUUCGCUAUUUCAUCUCCGGCUAUUGAGCAAAGUGGAAGAACUGAUUGCACAAUUGAAAGAAUAGGCUCUGGUACUAAUGACUUAACUGUUGAUGGAAGGAACUUCACUCAAAGCUGGGGAAGGAAAGGAAGGGUCAAUUUCGUAGAUAAGAAGGGCGUCGUUAGCAGGAUAAGGGCUAGACAGAUAUUUCAUUAA